UCUAGUUUAUAUGAAGAUCGUUCAUCCAAACUGGUGAAGAUCAGAGCAAUCAAGAAUCAUCUUUUGAUUCUGUUUUGGUCAUCUCAAUCGUAUGUUUUGGUAAGUUCGUGAUCCCAAGUUGUUGUUCCGACAGUUCUUGACAUCUUGUACACAAAAUGUGUGGCACAUCACCACCUCCACCUCCUCCUCUUCCCCCUCCACCCCUGCCGAUGCGUGGAAGAGGAGUCUCACUGUCACCACCUCACCUUCCUCCGAAGCAUGGAAGCGGUGGGACUGAUCCUCCUCCUCCUCCUCCUCUAUAUGGAAGAGCACCACCACCUCCACUUUAUCUGAAUAGUAAAAGAGCCGUACCAACUGUUCUGCCUCCGGGUGUAGGGAGAUGCCAUGGUCUUGCACUUCCUCGUUCGAGAGUUUCUUAUGUGAUGAAAUUAGCAAGUGCCUUAUGGAACGACGAACAGAGACGUAAAAAAGGACAAUUCGAACCAGGACCUCUUGCAUCAGAAAUAGAGACACUUUUGCUUCCAAAAGUGAAGAAGCCGGUUAAUAACUCCGGAUAUGAACAAGGUAUGCUAUGAUUUGCCAAGAAUAUGAGUGCCUCCCGCAUACUUUGUAAAAUUUAUAAAUGCUGUAAUAAUAAGAGGGUCUGUAUAUAUGAGCCCCCAUUGCAUGUAUUUAUGCAUUUGCGAUUCAAUAUUUUAUGCAAGUCCUUCAGAACAUGUGUGUAGCUAUCCUCUAGGAUGCUGCUUUUGUUUUGACAAGAAGUUGUAGUUCAGACGCUUCAAAUGUUGUUCAGUGAUAUGACUGUGGAAUCAUUGGGUUU